CAGGCACCGCUUAUGCCUACAGUCAGAUCCGAUUAUUGUGCGCUCGGGUCGUGCAAUAGAUCCAUUCUUUAAAGGAAGCAGGGGUAGAAUUAAGCGGAAAGGAAGACCCUAGAGGGACGAAUACACAUUAAUUAAAUGUGGCAUUUUUGUUCAAAAACAAAGAAAGGAUUUGAUACCACUUUCUUUUGUUACGGCAAGUACAGGUUGAAGCGGUUGACUGCCAUCAGCUCUCGCCACUGUGUGUGAGGUGUUGCUCCGGAGAGAGCGGAUUGGACUCGAGCGAGCGACGGGAGAAUCUCGCCACUUCCAGGUUGCCACCGCUGUUUUGCGACGGUGAAGCGGAGGGAAGAAUGAGAAGACUCUGAAGAGCGGGACUGACGAGCUUUCAUCGAGGAAGGCCCUCCCCCGUCCCCCGUCCCCCGUCCCCCCCCCACCUCGACAGCCGCGCUAAUGUUCUCUCCCGACCAAGAAAACAUCUCCACAGCCUCGACCAAAGUGCCAGUCAAGUAUGGGGAGCUCAUUGUACUGGGGUACAAUGGCUCUUUGCCGAAUGGGGACAGAGGGAGGCGCAAAAGCCGCUUUGCUCUGUGCAAGAGACCGAAGGCCAACGGGGUGAAGCCCAGCACGGUGCACGUCGCCUGCACGCCACAGGCCGCCAAGGCUAUAAGCAACAAGGACCAGCACAGUAUCUCCUACACUCUGUCCCGAGCACAAACAGUGGUGGUGGAGUACACGCACGACAGCAAUACCGACAUGUUCCAGAUCGGGCGCUCCACGGAGAGCCCCAUCGACUUCGUGGUGACGGACACGGUGCCCGGGAGCCAGAGCAACGCCGACACGCAGACGGUGCAGAGCACCAUCUCGCGCUUCGCCUGCCGCAUCAUGUGCCAGCGCAGCCCGCCCCACACCGCCCGCAUCUACGCCGCCGGCUUCGACUCCUCCAAGAACAUCUUCCUGGGGGAAAAGGCGGCGAAGUGGAAGACGUCAGACGGACAGAUGGACGGGCUGACGACCAACGGCGUGCUUGUGAUGCACCCCCGGCACGGCUUCACUGAGGACUCCAAGCCCGGCGUGUGGCGGGAGAUCUCGGUGUGCGGCAACGUGUUCACCCUGCGGGAGACGCGCUCCGCUCAGCAGAGGGGCAAGAUGGUGGAGAACGAGACGCAGGAGCUGGUGGACGGCUCGCUGAUCGACCUGUGCGGGGCGACGCUGCUCUGGCGCACGGCGGAGGGGCUCUCCCGCACCCCCACCGUCAAGCACCUGGAGGCGCUGCGGCAGGAGAUCAACGCCGCCCGGCCCCAGUGCCCCGUGGGCUUCAACACGCUGGCCUUCCCCAGCAUGCGGCGCAAGGAGGUGGUGGACGAGAAGCAGCCCUGGGUCUACCUGCACUGCGGCCACGUGCACGGCUACCACAACUGGGGCAACCGCGAGGAGCGCGAGGGCAAGGAGCGCGAGUGCCCCAUGUGCCGGGCGCGGGGCCCCUACGUGCCCCUGUGGCUGGGCUGCGAGGCCGGCUUCUACCUGGACGCUGGGCCGCCCACCCACGCCUUCAGCCCCUGCGGCCACGUGUGCUCGGAAAAGACGGUGGGCUACUGGAGCCAGAUCCCGCUGCCGCACGGCACGCACACCUUCCACGCCGCCUGCCCCUUCUGCGCCCAGCAGCUGAGCGGCGAGCAGGGCUACAUCAGACUCAUAUUCCAGGGACCCGUGGACUAGGCCCCUACCGUUCGGCCACUCUCUUACCCCUCAGCUAUGCUUAUGACUAAAGGUAUAAGCUGGUUUCCUUCCUUCCUUAAACCUUUUUUGCUUUUUUUUU